GAACAGGACCUGGGGCAACCCCACUGGGGAAAGCCGCAAUGUGCACGAUUGCCAGGCGAUUGAUUUCCCGAUCGCCACGAAUGCAACGCUGAAGCUUUAUAUGUGCACAUAACUAACUCGUGGCAUGUUGUAUGCCCCGAUAAUGACCCACUUGUGAGAGAGCUAAGCACACGGAAUAAAACUAGAAGAGAUGGCCGCUGCGAGCAGAGACUCGCAGCGGCCUGCGCUGCUGCGCUUACUAUUUCUCUUAUUGUGCCUAGCCGUCACAAAACCUGUGGCUGGCACACUAAGCCUUGUUGUGUUCGACUCCUCCUCCUCCGCGUCCUCGUCUAUGACAUUCGACACGACGUACUCACAAGCAUGUCAGCCAAAUACGCCAUUCAGUGGAUGCAAGCAUGAAGGCGCCUGGUCUGCGGUCACCACAGCCCUCAGUCCGGACGCGGUGAGCUGCGAUGACCAGUUCGCCUGCAUGGAUCUACAGAUCUACAGUGGUGAAUGUCUCGACGUAGUCGAGUCUGGCAUCGUCAACAAGUACUGCAAGGUGUGCCUGACAUGGGGCACGUGGAGUGAGCCGGAUGGCCAGUUCAGCGACCGGCCGCUGUGCGGCAAGACCUCCUCAAGCAUGGAGUACAUUUGCGCAGCGGACCGCCUUUCCAACUGGUGGAAGGCUCCCUCCACCUACGUGAACAACACCAGGCUGCUGACAAAGGACACAGGCAUCAUGUACGGGUGGAAUGAGGGCCGAGACGGCGCCUACUGCCAGUGGGCGCGAUGGGGUCCCGGAGACACAGCCAACAAGGUCGUCUCCUUCACUAUCAAGGACGCGUACGGGAGCUGCCUGCCGUUCGGCGUCAACACCAAGUCCUACACGGUCCAGGGCAUGGCCGCGACUUGCCAGCGCAAGCGCUCCUCGGGUGGCUGCAGCUCGUCCCUCCCGGACGACAACCAGUGCCUAUGGACGUUCAAUGUGCCGCAUCCGGUAAACAUGAACUGCCUGCUGAGCCCUCCGCCCAGCCCGCGGCCACCUAGCCCGCGGCCGCCAAGUCCUAAGCCGCCAAGCCCCUCGCCGCCAAGCCCGGCACCAGCGUCCGGCGGAUCACCCCGACCUCCUGUACCGCGGCCGCCCAGCCCCUCGCCGCCCAGCCCCUCGCCGCCCAGCCCGGCGCCGCCGCCCAGCCCCCUGGUUCAGGGGCAGCCCCCGUCGGGCUGCGUGUUCUCUGACCCCACCAACUUCACUGCAGUCACGCCCGGCAAAGGCCCGCUGGACACGUGCGUGGACCAGGCGUCAUGCAUGUCGGUGUACUACAGUGACGCGUGCAGCAUGGUGACGCUUGCCGACGGCACCACGGCGCAGGACUGCCAGGUGUGUCUGUACUGGGACAACAGCCGGAACUGCCCCAAGGCCUACCCCGCCGACAGCGUCAGCCACAUCUGCAGCGGCGACCAGUUCUACGGCGUCAUCCCGUCCGCCGGCGCGUCGGCGGUGACCGGCGCCACGGCCAAGCGCGACACUUGGUGGGGCGGCCUGUCACAGCGCUACUGCCAGUACGUUCGCUUCAGCACGUCUACGCUGGCCCCCGCCACUGUGUAUUUCACCGUCAAGGACGGCAGCGGCUCGUGCCUUGCCGCCGGCGCGCCGCCGCUGAGCGUGACGCUGAACGGCCUGGCUGCGACGUGCCAGGGCCCACGCACGGUGAACGGCCAGCUCGCGGGCUGCGGCAUUGGCGACCAGCCGAACGAGUGUCUGUGGACCUUCACCGUGCCGCACCCCGACUCGCCGGACUUCAAGUGCGCCACCCGUCCGCCCAGCCCUGCGCCACCUAUCCCUGCACCGCCUAGCCCUCGGCCUUCCAGCCCCCGUCCGCCUAGCCCUUCGCCUCCCAGCCCGGUGCCGCCUAGCCCGGCGCCUAGCCCCGCGCCGCCUAGCCCGCGGCCUCCCAGCCCGGCGCCACCCAACCCACCUCCGAGCCCGGCACCGCCGACCUUGACUCCGCCCAGCCCGGCCCCGCGGAGCUCCAGCCCGCCGCCAUCGCCGCAGCCGCCCAGUCCGCGGCCUCCCAGCCCGGCGCCACCCAGCCCACCCCCUAGCCCGGCGCCUCCUAGCCCGGCGCCUCCGAGCCCUGCCCCACCCAGCCCGCCGCCCAGCCCGCGGCCGCCCAGCCCCUCGCCGCCCAGCCCCUCGCCGCCGAGCCCGGCGCCGCCGCCCAACCCGCUGGUUCAGGGGCAGCCCCCGUCGGGCUGCGUUUUCUCCGACCCCACUAACUUCACUGCAGUCACGCCCGGCAGCAAGGGCCCGCUGGACACGUGCGUGGACCAGGCGUCAUGCAUGUCGGUGUACUACAGUGACGCGUGCAGCAUGGUGACGCUUGCCAACGGCACCACGGCGCAGGACUGCCAGGUGUGUCUGUACUGGGACAACAGCCGCAACUGCCCCAAGGCCUACCCCGCCGACAGUGUCAGCCACAUCUGCAGCGGCGACCAGUUCUACGGCGUCAUCCCGUCCGCCGGCGCAUCUGCGGUGACCGGCGCCACGGCCAAGCGCGACACUUGGUGGGGCGGCCUGUCACAGCGCUACUGCCAGUACGUUCGCUUCAGCACGUCUACGCUGGCCCCCGCCACUGUGUAUUUCACCGUCAAGGACGGCAGCGGCUCGUGCCUUGCCGCCGGCGCGCCGCCGCUGAGCGUGACGCUGAACGGCCUGGCUGCGACGUGCCAGGGCCCACGCACGGUGAACGGCCAGCUCGCGGGCUGCGGCAUUGGCGACCAGCCGAACGAGUGUCUGUGGACCUUCACCGUGCCGCACCCCGACUCGCCGGACUUCAAGUGCGCCACCCGUCCGCCAAGCCCUGCGCCACCUAACCCUGCGCCGCCUAGCCCUCGGCCUUCCAGCCCCCGUCCGCCUAGCCCUUCGCCUCCCAGCCCGGUGCCGCCUAGCCCGGCGCCUAGCCCCGCGCCGCCUAGCCCGCGGCCUCCCAGCCCGGCGCCACCCAACCCACCUCCGAGCCCGGCACCGCCGACCUUGACUCCGCCCAGCCCGGCCCCGCGGAGCUCCAGCCCGCCGCCAUCGCCGCAGCCGCCCAGUCCGCGGCCUCCCAGCCCGGCGCCACCCAGCCCACCCCCUAGCCCGGCGCCUCCUAGCCCGGCGCCUCCGAGCCCUGCCCCACCCAGCCCGCCGCCCAGCCCGCGGCCGCCCAGCCCCUCGCCGCCCAGCCCCUCGCCGCCGAGCCCGGCGCCGCCGCCCAACCCGCUGGUUCAGGGGCAGCCCCCGUCGGGCUGCGUUUUCUCCGACCCCACCAACUUCACUGCAGUCACGCCCGGCAGCAAAGGCCCGCUGGACACGUGCGUGGACCAGGCGUCAUGCAUGUCGGUGUACUACAGUGACGCGUGCAGCAUGGUGACGCUUGCCAACGGCACCACGGCGCAGGACUGCCAGGUGUGUCUGUACUGGGACAACAGCCGCAACUGCCCCAAGGCCUACCCCGCCGACAGUGUCAGCCACAUCUGCAGCGGCGACCAGUUCUACGGCGUCAUCCCGUCCGCCGGCGCAUCUGCGGUGACCGGCGCCACGGCCAAGCGCGACACUUGGUGGGGCGGCCUGUCACAGCGCUACUGCCAGUACGUUCGCUUCAGCACGUCUACGCUGGCCCCCGCCACGGUGUAUUUCACCGUCAAGGACGGCAGCGGCUCGUGCCUUGCCGCCGGCGCGCCGCCGCUGAGCGUGACGCUGAACGGCCUGGCUGCGACGUGCCAGGGCCCACGCACGGUGAACGGCCAGCUCGCGGGCUGCGGCACUGGCGACCAGCCGAACGAGUGUCUGUGGACCUUCACCGUGCCGCACCCCGACUCGCCGGACUUCAAGUGCGCCACCCGUCCGCCCAGCCCUGCGCCACCUAGCCCUGCGCCGCCUAGCCCUCGGCCUCCCAGCCCCCGUCCGCCUAGCCCGGCGCCUCCCAGCCCCACUCCCCCAAGCCCAGCGCCAUCGCCGCAGCCUCCCAGCCCGGCGCCUCCCAGCCCGGUGCCGCCUAGCCCGGCGCCUAGCCCCGCGCCGCCUAGCCCGCGGCCUCCCAGCCCGGCGCCACCCAGCCCACCCCCCAGCCCGGCGCCUCCUAGCCCGGCGCCGCCCAGCCCUGCCCCGCCGAGCCCCACUCCACCCAGCCCGCCGCCCUCGCCGCAGCCGCCGAGUCCGCUGCCGCCCAGCCCGGCGCCUCCCAGCCCCACUCCCCCAAGCCCAGCGCCAUCGCCGCAGCCUCCCAGCCCGGCGCCUCCCAGCCCGGUGCCGCCCAGCCCGGCGCCUAGCCCCGCGCCGCCUAGCCCGCGGCCUCCCAGCCCGGCGCCUCCCAGCCCGGUGCCGCCUAGCCCGGCGCCUAGCCCCGCGCCGCCUAGCCCGCGGCCUCCCAGCCCAGCGCCACCCAGCCCACCCCCCAGCCCGGCGCCUCCUAGCCCGGCGCCGCCCAGCCCUGCCCCGCCGAGCCCCACUCCACCCAGCCCGCCGCCCUCGCCGCAGCCGCCGAGUCCGCUGCCGCCCAGCCCGGCGCCUCCCAGCCCCACUCCCCCAAGCCCAGCGCCAUCGCCGCAGCCUCCCAGCCCGGCGCCUCCCAGCCCGGUGCCGCCCAGCCCGGCGCCUAGCCCCGCGCCGCCUAGCCCGCGGCCUCCCAGCCCGGCGCCACCCAGCCCACCCCCCAGCCCGGCGCCUCCUAGCCCGGCGCCGCCCAGCCCUGCCCCGCCGAGCCCCACUCCUCCCAGCCCGCCGCCCUCGCCGCAGCCGCCCAGUCCGCUGCCGCCCAGCCCGGCGCCGCCUAGCCCCACUCCCCCAAGCCCAGCGCCAUCGCCGCAGCCUCCCAGCCCGGCGCCUCCCAGCCCGGUGCCGCCCAGCCCGGCGCCUAGCCCCGCGCCGCCUAGCCCGCGGCCUCCCAGCCCGGCGCCACCCAGCCCACCCCCCAGCCCGGCGCCUCCUAGCCCGGCGCCGCCCAGCCCUGCCCCGCCGAGCCCCACUCCACCCAGCCCGCCGCCCUCGCCGCAGCCACCCAGUCCGCUGCCGCCCAGCCCGGCGCCUCCCAACCCCACUCCCCCAAGCCCAGCGCCAUCGCCGCAGCCGCCCAGCCCCGCGCCUCCCUCGCCGGCCCCGCCCAGCCCUGCGCCGCCGUCGCCUGCGCCACCGUCGCCUGCGCCUCCCAGCCCCGCGCCUCCCUCGCCGGCCCCGCCCAGCCCUGCGCCGCCGUCGCCUGCGCCGCCGUCGCCUGCGCCGCCCAGCCCCGCGCCUCCGCCGGUGUGCUCGCCCUGCCCGCACAGCUUCAUCAGCGAGUUCCACUACGUGGACACCAGCGGCCAGGCGUCUGCCCAGUUUGUGGAGCUGAUCGUGCCGACCAUGCUGGACCUGUCCACACUGAGCCUGGCGACCUACACCUACAGCGCGGCUGGCGGCAGCCUAGUGGUUGACAUCCCGCUGGGCUCGCCGCCGCCGGCCUCGAGCGGCGUGACGCUGGCCGUGUCGGAGCUGCCUGGCACUGGCUUCUCGGUGGUGACCGUGAGGGCCACUGCCGGCGGGCCGCUGGCUUCGGCUGGCGGUCUGCUGCCCAUGGUGCCUGCCGGUGCUGCGCUCAUGGGCGGCAUCGCUCUGGUGUCGCACUGCGCGGAGGCGGACACGCUCAAGGUGCUUGACUACGUGGCCUACGGCAACGACAGCGCCAACCCGCUGCCCGCUGGCUCGGUGAGCCUGGUGCCGCUGGACGGCCCCGCCAAGGGCGCGUACUUUGUGGUGCUGCCCGAGGUCACGGGUGUGGCCGAGAGCGGCCUCACCACGGCGCCCGGCAGCUCCAUCGAGCGCACUGGCAGCGGCAACACUGGCAACCAGGAGCCAGGCGCCGCCGGCAUGAGCUGGUCUACCACGCCUAGCGUGCUUGACUACGUGGCCUACGGCAACGACAGCGCCAACCCGCUGCCCGCUGGCUCGGUGAGCCUGGUGCCGCUGGACGGCCCCGCCAAGGGCGCGUACUUUGUGGUGCUGCCCGAGGUCACGGGUGUGGCCGAGAGCGGCCUCACCACGGCGCCCGGCAGCUCCAUCGAGCGCACUGGCAGCGGCAACACUGGCAACCAGGAGCCUGGCGCCGCCGGCAUGAGCUGGUCUACCACGCCUAGCGCCAGCCCCGGCAGCGUGGACCCGACGUCGCUGGAGGUGCCCCUGGCGCCGCCCGACAGCCGCUGCGGCCUGCUGCCGCCGCCGUCGCCCGCGCCGCCCAGCCCCGCGCCUCCCUCGCCGGCCCCGCCCAGCCCUGCGCCGCCGUCGCCUGCGCCACCGUCGCCUGCGCCUCCCAGCCCCGCGCCUCCCUCGCCGGCCCCGCCCAGCCCUGCGCCGCCGUCGCCUGCCCCGCCCAGCCCUGCGCCGCCGUCGCCUGCGCCGCCGUCGCCUGCGCCGCCCAGCCCCGCGCCUCCGCCGGUGUGCUCGCCCUGCCCGCACAGCUUCAUCAGCGAGUUCCACUACGUGGACACCAGCGGCCAGGCGUCUGCCCAGUUUGUGGAGCUCAUCGUGCCGACCAUGCUGGACCUGUCCACGCUGAGCCUGGCGACCUACACCUACAGCGCGGCUGGCGGCAGCCUGGUGGUUGACAUCCCGCUGGGCUCGCCGCCGCCGGCCUCGAGCGGCGUGACGCUGGCCGUGUCGGAGCUGCCUGGCACUGGCUUCUCGGUGGUGACCGUGAGGGCCACUGCCGGCGGGCCGCUGGCUUCGGCUGGCGGUCUGCUGCCCGUGGUGCCUGCCGGUGCUGCGCUCAUGGGCGGCAUCGCUCUGGUGUCGCACUGCGCGGAGGCGGACACGCUCAAGGUGCUUGACUACGUGGCCUACGGCAACGACAGCGCCAACCCGCUGCCCGCUGGCUCGGUGAGCCUGGUGCCGCUGGACGGCCCCGCCAAGGGCGCGUACUUUGUGGUGCUGCCCGAGGUCACGGGUGUGGCCGAGAGCGGCCUCACCACGGCGCCCGGCAGCUCCAUCGAGCGCACUGGCAGCGGCAACACUGGCAACCAGGAGCCUGGCGCCGCCGGCAUGAGCUGGUCUACCACGCCUAGCGCCAGCCCCGGCAGCGUGGACCCGACGUCACUGGAGGUGCCCCUGGCGCCGCCCGACAGCCGCUGCGGCCUGCUGCCGCCGCCGUCGCCCGCGCCGCCCAGCCCCGCGCCUCCCUCGCCGGCCCCGCCCAGCCCUGCGCCGCCGUCGCCUGCGCCACCGUCGCCUGCGCCUCCCAGCCCCGCGCCUCCCUCGCCGGCCCCGCCCAGCCCUGCGCCGCCGUCGCCUGCGCCGCCGUCGCCUGCGCCGCCCAGCCCCGCGCCUCCGCCGGUGUGCUCGCCCUGCCCGCACAGCUUCAUCAGCGAGUUCCACUACGUGGACACCAGCGGCCAGGCGUCUGCCCAGUUUGUGGAGCUGAUCGUGCCGACCAUGCUGGACCUGUCCACGCUGAGCCUGGCGACCUACACCUACAGCGCGGCUGGCGGCAGCCUGGUGGUUGACAUCCCGCUGGGCUCGCCGCCGCCGGCCUCGAGCGGCGUGACGCUGGCCGUGUCGGAGCUGCCUGGCACUGGCUUCUCGGUGGUGACCGUGAGGGCCACUGCCGGCGGGCCGCUGGCUUCGGCUGGCGGUCUGCUGCCCGUGGUGCCUGCCGGUGCUGCGCUCAUGGGCGGCAUCGCGCUGGUGUCGCACUGCGCGGAGGCGGACACGCUCAAGGUGCUUGACUACGUGGCCUACGGCAACGACAGCGCCAACCCGCUGCCCGCUGGCUCGGUGAGCCUGGUGCCGCUGGACGGCCCCGCCAAGGGCGCGUACUUUGUGGUGCUGCCCGAGGUCACGGGUGUGGCCGAGAGCGGCCUCACCACGGCGCCCGGCAGCUCCAUCGAGCGCACUGGCAGCGGCAACACUGGCAACCAGGAGCCUGGCGCCGCCGGCAUGAGCUGGUCUACCACGCCUAGCGCCAGCCCCGGCAGCGUGGACCCGACGUCGCUGGAGGUGCCCCUGGCGCCGCCCGACAGCCGCUGCGGCCUGCUGCCGCCGCCGUCGCCCGCGCCGCCCAGCCCCGCGCCUCCCUCGCCGGCCCCGCCCAGCCCUGCGCCGCCGUCGCCUGCGCCUCCCUCGCCUGCGCCUCCCAGCCCCGCGCCUCCCUCGCCGGCCCCGCCCAGCCCUGCGCCGCCGUCGCCUGCGCCGCCGUCGCCUGCGCCGCCCAGCCCCGCGCCUCCGCCGGUGUGCUCGCCCUGCCCGCACAGCUUCAUCAGCGAGUUCCACUACGUGGACACCAGCGGCCAGGCGUCUGCCCAGUUUGUGGAGCUCAUCGUGCCGACCAUGCUGGACCUGUCCACGCUGAGCCUGGCGACCUACACCUACAGCGCGGCUGGCGGCAGCCUGGUGGUUGACAUCCCGCUGGGCUCGCCGCCGCCGGCCUCGAGCGGCGUGACGCUGGCCGUGUCGGAGCUGCCUGGCACUGGCUUCUCGGUGGUGACCGUGAGGGCCACUGCCGGCGGGCCGCUGGCUUCGGCUGGCGGUCUGCUGCCCGUGGUGCCCGCCGGUGCUGCGCUCAUGGGCGGCAUCGCUCUGGUGUCGCACUGCGCGGAGGCGGACACGCUCAAGGUGCUUGACUACGUGGCCUACGGCAACGACAGCGCCAACCCGCUGCCCGCUGGCUCGGUGAGCCUGGUGCCGCUGGACGGCCCCGCCAAGGGCGCGUACUUUGUGGUGCUGCCCGAGGUCACGGGUGUGGCCGAGAGCGGCCUCACCACGGCGCCCGGCAGCUCCAUCGAGCGCACUGGCAGCGGCAACACUGGCAACCAGGAGCCUGGCGCCGCCGGCAUGAGCUGGUCUACCACGCCUAGCGCCAGCCCCGGCAGCGUGGACCCGACGUCGCUGGAGGUGCCCCUGGCGCCGCCCGACAGCCGCUGCGGCCUGCUGCCGCCGCCGUCGCCCGCGCCGCCCAGCCCCGCGCCUCCCUCGCCUGCGCCGCCCAGCCCCGUGCCUCCCUCGCCGGCCCCGCCCAGCCCUGCGCCGCCGUCGCCUGCGCCACCGUCGCCUGCGCCUCCCAGCCCCGCGCCUCCCUCGCCGGCCCCGCCCAGCCCUGCGCCGCCGUCGCCUGCGCCGCCGUCGCCUGCGCCGCCCAGCCCCGCGCCUCCGCCGGUGUGCUCGCCCUGCCCGCACAGCUUCAUCAGCGAGUUCCACUACGUGGACACCAGCGGCCAGGCGUCUGCCCAGUUUGUGGAGCUGAUCGUGCCGACCAUGCUGGACCUGUCCACGCUGAGCCUGGCGACCUACACCUACAGCGCGGCUGGCGGCAGCCUGGUGGUUGACAUCCCGCUGGGCUCGCCACCGCCGGCCUCGAGCGGCGUGACGCUGGCCGUGUCGGAGCUGCCUGGCACUGGCUUCUCGGUGGUGACCGUGAGGGCCACUGCCGGCGGGCCGCUGGCUUCGGCUGGCGGUCUGCUGCCCGUGGUGCCUGCCGGUGCUGCGCUCAUGGGCGGCAUCGCUCUGGUGUCGCACUGCGCGGAGGCGGACACGCUCAAGGUGCUUGACUACGUGGCCUACGGCAACGACAGCGCCAACCCGCUGCCCGCUGGCUCGGUGAGCCUGGUGCCGCUGGACGGCCCCGCCAAGGGCGCGUACUUUGUGGUGCUGCCCGAGGUCACGGGUGUGGCCGAGAGCGGCCUCACCACGGCGCCCGGCAGCUCCAUCGAGCGCACUGGCAGCGGCAACACUGGCAACCAGGAGCCUGGCGCCGCCGGCAUGAGCUGGUCUACCACGCCUAGCGCCAGCCCCGGCAGCGUGGACCCGACGUCGCUGGAGGUGCCCCUGGCGCCGCCCGACAGCCGCUGCGGCCUGCUGCCGCCGCCGUCGCCCGCGCCGCCCAGCCCCGCGCCUCCCUCGCCGGCCCCGCCCAGCCCUGCGCCGCCGUCGCCUGCGCCACCGUCGCCUGCGCCUCCCAGCCCCGCGCCUCCCUCGCCGGCCCCGCCCAGCCCUGCGCCGCCGUCGCCUGCGCCGCCGUCGCCUGCGCCGCCCAGCCCCGCGCCUCCGCCGGUGUGCUCGCCCUGCCCGCACAGCUUCAUCAGCGAGUUCCACUACGUGGACACCAGCGGCCAGGCGUCUGCCCAGUUUGUGGAGCUCAUCGUGCCGACCAUGCUGGACCUGUCCACGCUGAGCCUGGCGACCUACACCUACAGCGCGGCUGGCGGCAGCCUGGUGGUUGACAUCCCGCUGGGCUCGCCACCGCCGGCCUCGAGCGGCGUGACGCUGGCCGUGUCGGAGCUGCCUGGCACUGGCUUCUCGGUGGUGACCGUGAGGGCCACUGCCGGCGGGCCGCUGGCUUCGGCUGGCGGUCUGCUGCCCGUGGUGCCUGCCGGUGCUGCGCUCAUGGGCGGCAUCGCUCUGGUGUCGCACUGCGCGGAGGCGGACACGCUCAAGGUGCUUGACUACGUGGCCUACGGCAACGACAGCGCCAACCCGCUGCCCGCUGGCUCGGUGAGCCUGGUGCCGCUGGACGGCCCCGCCAAGGGCGCGUACUUUGUGGUGCUGCCCGAGGUCACGGGUGUGGCCGAGAGCGGCCUCACCACGGCGCCCGGCAGCUCCAUCGAGCGCACUGGCAGCGGCAACACUGGCAACCAGGAGCCUGGCGCCGCCGGCAUGAGCUGGUCUACCACGCCUAGCGCCAGCCCCGGCAGCGUGGACCCGACGUCGCUGGAGGUGCCCCUGGCGCCGCCCGACAGCCGCUGCGGCCUGCUGCCGCCGCCGUCGCCCGCGCCGCCCAGCCCCGCGCCUCCCUCGCCUGCGCCGCCCAGCCCCGCGCCUCCCUCGCCGGCCCCGCCCAGCCCUGCGCCGCCGUCGCCUGCGCCACCGUCGCCUGCGCCUCCCAGCCCCGCGCCUCCCUCGCCGGCCCCGCCCAGCCCUGCGCCGCCGUCGCCUGCGCCGCCGUCGCCUGCGCCGCCCAGCCCCGCGCCUCCGCCGGUGUGCUCGCCCUGCCCGCACAGCUUCAUCAGCGAGUUCCACUACGUGGACACCAGCGGCCAGGCGUCUGCCCAGUUUGUGGAGCUGAUCGUGCCGACCAUGCUGGACCUGUCCACGCUGAGCCUGGCGACCUACACCUACAGCGCGGCUGGCGGCAGCCUGGUGGUUGACAUCCCGCUGGGCUCGCCGCCGCCGGCCUCGAGCGGCGUGACGCUGGCCGUGUCGGAGCUGCCUGGCACUGGCUUCUCGGUGGUGACCGUGAGGGCCACUGCCGGCGGGCCGCUGGCUUCGGCUGGCGGUCUGCUGCCCGUGGUGCCUGCCGGUGCUGCGCUCAUGGGCGGCAUCGCUCUGGUGUCGCACUGCGCGGAGGCGGACACGCUCAAGGUGCUUGACUACGUGGCCUACGGCAACGACAGCGCCAACCCGCUGCCCGCUGGCUCGGUGAGCCUGGUGCCGCUGGACGGCCCCGCCAAGGGCGCGUACUUUGUGGUGCUGCCCGAGGUCACGGGUGUGGCCGAGAGCGGCCUCACCACGGCGCCCGGCAGCUCCAUCGAGCGCACUGGCAGCGGCAACACUGGCAACCAGGAGCCUGGCGCCGCCGGCAUGAGCUGGUCUACCACGCCUAGCGCCAGCCCCGGCAGCGUGGACCCGACGUCACUGGAGGUGCCCCUGGCGCCGCCCGACAGCCGCUGCGGCCUGCUGCCGCCGCCGUCGCCCGCGCCGCCCAGCCCCGCGCCUCCCUCGCCGGCCCCGCCCAGCCCUGCGCCGCCGUCGCCUGCGCCACCGUCGCCUGCGCCUCCCAGCCCCGCGCCUCCCUCGCCGGCCCCGCCCAGCCCUGCGCCGCCGUCGCCUGCGCCGCCGUCGCCUGCGCCGCCCAGCCCCGCGCCUCCGCCGGUGUGCUCGCCCUGCCCACACAGCUUCAUCAGCGAGUUCCACUACGUGGACACCAGCGGCCAGGCGUCUGCCCAGUUUGUGGAGCUGAUCGUGCCGACCAUGCUGGACCUGUCCACGCUGAGCCUGGCGACCUACACCUACAGCGCGGCUGGCGGCAGCCUGGUGGUUGACAUCCCGCUGGGCUCGCCGCCGCCGGCCUCGAGCGGCGUGACGCUGGCCGUGUCGGAGCUGCCUGGCACUGGCUUCUCGGUGGUGACCGUGAGGGCCACUGCCGGCGGGCCGCUGGCUUCGGCUGGCGGUCUGCUGCCCGUGGUGCCUGCCGGUGCUGCGCUCAUGGGCGGCAUCGCUCUGGUGUCGCACUGCGCGGAGGCGGACACGCUCAAGGUGCUUGACUACGUGGCCUACGGCAACGACAGCGCCAACCCGCUGCCCGCUGGCUCGGUGAGCCUGGUGCCGCUGGACGGCCCCGCCAAGGGCGCGUACUUUGUGGUGCUGCCCGAGGUCACGGGUGUGGCCGAGAGCGGCCUCACCACGGCGCCCGGCAGCUCCAUCGAGCGCACUGGCAGCGGCAACACUGGCAACCAGGAGCCUGGCGCCGCCGGCAUGAGCUGGUCUACCACGCCUAGCGCCAGCCCCGGCAGCGUGGACCCGACGUCGCUGGAGGUGCCCCUGGCGCCGCCCGACAGCCGCUGCGGCCUGCUGCCGCCGCCGUCGCCCGCGCCGCCCAGCCCCGCGCCUCCCUCGCCGGCCCCGCCCAGCCCUGCGCCGCCGUCGCCUGCGCCACCGUCGCCUGCGCCUCCCAGCCCCGCGCCUCCCUCGCCGGCCCCGCCCAGCCCUGCGCCGCCGUCGCCUGCGCCGCCGUCGCCUGCGACGCCCAGCCCCGCGCCUCCGCCGGUGUGCUCGCCCUGCCCACACAGCUUCAUCAGCGAGUUCCACUACGUGGACACCAGCGGCCAGGCGUCUGCCCAGUUUGUGGAGCUGAUCGUGCCGACCAUGCUGGACCUGUCCACGCUGAGCCUGGCGACCUACACCUACAGCGCGGCUGGCGGCAGCCUGGUGGUUGACAUCCCGCUGGGCUCGCCGCCGCCGGCCUCGAGCGGCGUGACGCUGGCCGUGUCGGAGCUGCCUGGCACUGGCUUCUCGGUGGUGACCGUGAGGGCCACUGCCGGCGGGCCGCUGGCUUCGGCUGGCGGUCUGCUGCCCGUGGUGCCUGCCGGUGCUGCGCUCAUGGGCGGCAUCGCUCUGGUGUCGCACUGCGCGGAGGCGGACACGCUCAAGGUGCUUGACUACGUGGCCUACGGCAACGACAGCGCCAACCCGCUGCCCGCUGGCUCGGUGAGCCUGGUGCCGCUGGACGGCCCCGCCAAGGGCGCGUACUUUGUGGUGCUGCCCGAGGUCACGGGUGUGGCCGAGAGCGGCCUCACCACGGCCCCCGGCAGCUCCAUCGAGCGCACUGGCAGCGGCAACACUGGCAACCAGGAGCCUGGCGCCGCCGGCAUGAGCUGGUCUACCACGCCUAGCGCCAGCCCCGGCAGCGUGGACCCGACGUCGCUGGAGGUGCCCCUGGCGCCGCCCGACAGCCGCUGCGGCCUGCUGCCGCCGCCGUCGCCCGCGCCGCCCAGCCCCGCGCCUCCCUCGCCGGCCCCGCCCAGCCCUGCGCCGCCGUCGCCUGCGCCACCGUCGCCUGCGCCUCCCAGCCCCGCGCCUCCCUCGCCGGCCCCGCCCAGCCCUGCGCCGCCGUCGCCUGCGCCGCCGUCGCCUGCGCCGCCCAGCCCCGCGCCUCCGCCGGUGUGCUCGCCCUGCCCGCACAGCUUCAUCAGCGAGUUCCACUACGUGGACACCAGCGGCCAGGCGUCUGCCCAGUUUGUGGAGCUGAUCGUGCCGACCAUGCUGGACCUGUCCACACUGAGCCUGGCGACCUACACCUACAGCGCGGCUGGCGGCAGCCUGGUGGUUGACAUCCCGCUGGGCUCGCCGCCGCCGGCCUCGAGCGGCGUGACGCUGGCCGUGUCGGAGCUGCCUGGCACUGGCUUCUCGGUGGUGACCGUGAGGGCCACUGCCGGCGGGCCGCUGGCUUCGGCUGGCGGUCUGCUGCCCGUGGUGCCUGCCGGUGCUGCGCUCAUGGGCGGCAUCGCUCUGGUGUCGCACUGCGCGGAGGCGGACACGCUCAAGGUGCUUGACUACGUGGCCUACGGCAACGACAGCGCCAACCCGCUGCCCGCUGGCUCGGUGAGCCUGGUGCCGCUGGACGGCCCCGCCAAGGGCGCGUACUUUGUGGUGCUGCCCGAGGUCACGGGUGUGGCCGAGAGCGGCCUCACCACGGCGCCCGGCAGCUCCAUCGAGCGCACUGGCAGCGGCAACACUGGCAACCAGGAGCCUGGCGCCGCCGGCAUGAGCUGGUCUACCACGCCUAGCGCCAGCCCCGGCAGCGUGGACCCGACGUCGCUGGAGGUGCCCCUGGCGCCGCCCGACAGCCGCUGCGGCCUGCUGCCGCCGCCGUCGCCCGCGCCGCCCAGCCCCGCGCCUCCCUCGCCGGCCCCGCCCAGCCCUGCGCCGCCGUCGCCUGCGCCACCGUCGCCUGCGCCUCCCAGCCCCGCGCCUCCCUCGCCGGCCCCGCCCAGCCCUGCGCCGCCGUCGCCUGCGCCGCCGUCGCCUGCGCCGCCCAGCCCCGCGCCUCCGCCGGUGUGCUCGCCCUGCCCACACAGCUUCAUCAGCGAGUUCCACUACGUGGACACCAGCGGCCAGGCGUCUGCCCAGUUUGUGGAGCUGAUCGUGCCGACCAUGCUGGACCUGUCCACGCUGAGCCUGGCGACCUACACCUACAGCGCGGCUGGCGGCAGCCUGGUGGUUGACAUCCCGCUGGGCUCGCCGCCGCCGGCCUCGAGCGGCGUGACGCUGGCCGUGUCGGAGCUGCCUGGCACUGGCUUCUCGGUGGUGACCGUGAGGGCCACUGCCGGCGGGCCGCUGGCUUCGGCUGGCGGUCUGCUGCCCGUGGUGCCUGCCGGUGCUGCGCUCAUGGGCGGCAUCGCUCUGGUGUCGCACUGCGCGGAGGCGGACACGCUCAAGGUGCUUGACUACGUGGCUUACGGCAACGACAGCGCCAACCCGCUGCCCGCUGGCUCGGUGAGCCUGGUGCCGCUGGACGGCCCCGCCAAGGGCGCGUACUUUGUGGUGCUGCCCGAGGUCACGGGUGUGACCGAGAGCGGCCUCACCACGGCGCCCGGCAGCUCCAUCGAGCGCACUGGCAGCGGCAACACUGGCAACCAGGAGCCUGGCGCCGCCGGCAUGAGCUGGUCUACCACGCCUAGCGCCAGCCCCGGCAGCGUGGACCCGACGUCGCUGGAGGUGCCCCUGGCGCCGCCCGACAGCCGCUGCGGCCUGCUGCCGCCGCCGUCGCCCGCGCCGCCCAGCCCCGCGCCUCCCUCGCCGGCCCCGCCCAGCCCUGCGCCGCCGUCGCCUGCGCCACCGUCGCCUGCGCCUCCCAGCCCCGCGCCUCCCUCGCCGGCCCCGCCCAGCCCUGCGCCGCCGUCGCCUGCGCCGCCGUCGCCUGCGCCGCCCAGCCCCGCGCCUCCGCCGGUGUGCUCGCCCUGCCCGCACAGCUUCAUCAGCGAGUUCCACUACGUGGACACCAGCGGCCAGGCGUCUGCCCAGUUUGUGGAGCUCAUCGUGCCGACCAUGCUGGACCUGUCCACGCUGAGCCUGGCGACCUACACCUACAGCGCGGCUGGCGGCAGCCUGGUGGUUGACAUCCCGCUGGGCUCGCCGCCGCCGGCCUCGAGCGGCGUGACGCUGGCCGUGUCGGAGCUGCCUGGCACUGGCUUCUCGGUGGUGACCGUGAGGGCCACUGCCGGCGGGCCGCUGGCUUCGGCUGGCGGUCUGCUGCCCGUGGUGCCUGCCGGUGCUGCGCUCAUGGGCGGCAUCGCUCUGGUGUCGCACUGCGCGGAGGCGGACACGCUCAAGGUGCUUGACUACGUGGCUUACGGCAACGACAGCGCCAACCCGCUGCCCGCUGGCUCGGUGAGCCUGGUGCCGCUGGACGGCCCCGCCAAGGGCGCGUACUUUGUGGUGCUGCCCGAGGUCACGGGUGUGGCCGAGAGCGGCCUCACCACGGCGCCCGGCAGCUCCAUCGAGCGCACUGGCAGCGGCAACACUGGCAACCAGGAGCCUGGCGCCGCCGGCAUGAGCUGGUCUACCACGCCUAGCGCCAGCCCCGGCAGCGUGGACCCGACGUCGCUGGAGGUGCCCCUGGCGCCGCCCGACAGCCGCUGCGGCCUGCUGCCGCCGCCGUCGCCCGCGCCGCCCAGCCCCGCGCCUCCCUCGCCGGCCCCGCCCAGCCCUGCGCCGCCGUCGCCUGCGCCACCGUCGCCUGCGCCUCCCAGCCCCGCGCCUCCCUCGCCGGCCCCGCCCAGCCCUGCGCCGCCGUCGCCUGCGCCUCCCAGCCCUGCGCCUGGCACGCCGCCGCCUUCGCCGGAGCCGCCCAGCCCCGGACCGGGUGUGCCCCCUCCGUCGCCUGCGCCUCCCAGCCCUGCGCCUGGUACGCCGCCACCUUCGCCGGAGCCGCCCAGCCCCGCGCCGGGUGUGCCCCCGCCGUCGCCUGCGCCUCCCAGCCCCGCGCCUCCCUCGCCGGAGCCGCCCAGCCCCGCGCCGGGUGUGCCCCCGCCGUCGCCUGCGCCUCCCAGCCCUGCGCCGCCUUCGCCGGAGCCGCCCAGCCCUGCGCCGGGUGUGCCCCCGCCUUCGCCGGCGCCUCCCAGCCCUGCGCCUCCCAGCCCUGCGCCCCCUUCGCCGGAGCCGCCCAGCCCCGCGCCGGGUGUGCCCCCGCCGUCGCCUGCGCCUCCCAGCCCUGCGCCUGGCACGCCGCCGCCUUCGCCGGAGCCGCCCAGCCCCGCGCCGGGUGUGCCCCCUCCGUCGCCUGCGCCUCCCAGCCCUGCGCCUGGCACGCCGCCGCCUUCGCCGGAGCCGCCCAGCCCCGCGCCGGGUGUGCCCCCGCCGUCGCCUGCGCCUCCCAGCCCCGCGCCUGGCACGCCGCCUCCUUCGCCGGAGCCGCCCAGCCCUGCGCCGGGUGUGCCCCCGCCGUCGCCUGCGCCUCCCAGCCCUGCGCCUGGUACUCCGCCGCCUUCGCCGGAGCCGCCCAGCCCCGCGCCGGGCGUGCCCCCGCCGUCGCCUGCGCCUCCCAGCCCCGCGCCUGGCGCGCCGCCGCCUUCGCCGGAGCCGCCCAGCCCCGGACCGGGCGUGCCCCCGCCGUCGCCUGCGCCUCCUAGCCCUGCGCCUGGCGCGCCGCCGCCUUCGCCGGAGCCGCCCAGCCCCGCGCCGGGUGUGCCCCCUCCGUCGCCUGCGCCUCCCAGCCCUGCGCCUGGCACGCCGCCUCCUUCGCCGGAGCCGCCCAGCCCCGGACCUGGUGUGCCCCCGCCGUCGCCUGCGCCUCCCAGCCCUGCGCCUGGUACUCCGCCGCCUUCGCCGGAGCCGCCUAGCCCCGCGCCGGGUGUGCCCCCGCCGUCGCCUGCGCCUCCCAGCCCUGCGCCUGGCACGCCGCCGCCUUCGCCGGAGCCGCCCAGCCCCGCGCCGGGUGUGCCCCCGCCGUCGCCUGCGCCUCCCAGCCCUGCGCCUGGCACGCCGCCGCCUUCGCCGGAGCCGCCCAGCCCCGCGCCGGGUGUGCCCCCUCCGUCGCCUGCGCCUCCCAGCCCUGCGCCUGGCACGCCGCCGCCUUCGCCGGAGCCGCCCAGCCCCGCGCCGGGUGUGCCCCCUCCGUCGCCUGCGCCUCCCAGCCCUGCGCCUGGCACGCCGCCGCCUUCGCCGGAGCCGCCCAGCCCCGGACCUGGUGUGCCCCCGCCGUCGCAUGCGCCUCCCAGCCCUGCGCCUGGUACGCCGCCACCUUCGCCGGAGCCGCCUAGCCCCGCGCCGGGUGUGCCCCCGCCGUCGCCUGCGCCUCCCAGCCCUGCGCCUGGUACUCCGCCGCCUUCGCCUGGCACGCCGCCGACUUCGCCGGAGCCGCCCAGCCCCGCGCCGGGUGUGCCCCCGCCGUCGCCUGCACCUCCCAGCCCUGCGCCUGGCACGCCGCCACCUUCGCCGGAGCCGCCCAGCCCCGCGCCGGGUGUGCCCCCGCCUUCGCCUUCGCCUCCCAGCCCUGCGCCUGGCACGCCGCCGCCUUCGCCGGAGCCGCCCAGCCCUGCGCCUCCCAGCCCUGCGCCGCCUUCGCCGGAGCCGCCCAGCCCCGCGCCGGGUGUGCCCCCGCCGUCGCCUGCGCCUCCCAGCCCCGCGCCUGGCACGCCGCCACCUUCGCCGGAGCCGCCCAGCCCCGGUCCGGGUGUGCCCCCGCCGUCGCCUGCGCCUCCCAGCCCUGCGCCUGGUACGCCGCCGCCUUCGCCAGAGCCGCCUAGCCCCGCGCCGGGUGUGCCCCCGCCGUCGCCUGCGCCUCCCAGCCCUGCGCCUGGCACGCCACCGCCUUCGCCGGAGCCGCCCAGCCCCGCGCCGGGUGUGCCCCCGCCGUCGCCUGCGCCUCCCAGCCCUGCGCCUGGCACGCCGCCGCCUUCGCCGGAGCCGCCCAGCCCCGCGCCGGGUGUGCCCCCGCCGUCGCCUGCGCCUCCCAGCCCUGCGCCUGGCACGCCGCCGCCUUCGCCGGAGCCGCCCAGCCCCGCGCCGGGUGUGCCCCCGCCGUCGCCUGCGCCUCCCAGCCCUGCGCCUGGCACGCCGCCGCCUUCGCCGGAGCCGCCCAGCCCCGGACCGGGUGUGCCCCCGCCGUCGCCUGCGCCUCCCAGCCCUGCGCCUGGCACGCCGCCUCCUUCGCCGGAGCCGCCCAGCCCCGCGCCGGGCGUGCCCCCGCCGUCGCCUGCGCCUCCCAGCCCCGCGCCUGGUACGCCGCCACCUUCGCCAGAGCCGCCUAGCCCCGGUCCGGGCGUGCCCCCGCCGUCGCCUGCGCCUCCCAGCCCUGCGCCUGGUACUCCGCCGCCUUCGCCGGAGCCGCCCAGCCCCGCACCGGGUGUGCCCCCGCCGUCGCCUGCGCCUCCCAGCCCUGCGCCUCCCAGCCCUGCGCCGCCUUCGCCAGAGCCGCCUAGCCCCGCGCCGGGUGUGCCCCCGCCGUCGCCUGCGCCUCCCAGCCCUGCGCCUGGCACGCCGCCACCUUCGCCGGAGCCGCCCAGCCCCGCGCCGGGUGUGCCCCCGCCGUCGCCUGCGCCUCCCAGCCCUGCGCCUGGCACGCCGCCGCCUUCGCCGGAGCCGCCCAGCCCCGCGGCGGGUGUGCCCCCGCCGUCGCCUGCGCCUCCCAGCCCUGCGCCUGGCACGCCGCCGCCUUCGCCGGAGCCGCCCAGCUCCGCGCCGGGCGUGCCCCCGCCGUCGCCUGCGCCUCCCAGCCCUGCACCUGGCACGCCGCCGCCUUCGCCGGAGCCGCCCAGCCCUGCGCCGGGUGUGCCCCCGCCGUCGCCUGCGCCUCCCAGCCCUGCGCCUGGCACGCCGCCACCUUCGCCGGAGCCGCCCAGCCCCGCGCCGGGUGUGCCCCCGCCGUCGCCUGCGCCUCCCAGCCCUGCGCCUGGCACGCCACCGCCUUCGCCGGAGCCGCCCAGCCCCGCGCCGGGUGUGCCCCCGCCGUCGCCUGCGCCUCCCAGCCCUGCGCCUGGCACGCCGCCACCUUCGCCGGAGCCGCCCAGCCCCGGACCGGGUGUGCCCCCGCCUUCGCCUUCGCCUCCCAGCCCUGCGCCUCCCAGCCCUGCGCCGCCUUCGCCGGAGCCGCCCAGCCCCGCACCGGGUGUGCCCCCGCCGUCGCCUGUGCCUCCCAGCCCUGCGCCUCCCAGCCCUGCGCCGCCUUCGCCAGAGCCGCCUAGCCCCGCGCCGGGUGUGCCCCCGCCGUCGCCUGCGCCUCCCAGCCCUGCGCCUGGCACGCCACCGCCUUCGCCGGAGCCGCCCAGCCCCGCGCCGGGUGUGCCCCCGCCGUCGCCUGCGCCUCCCAGCCCUGCGCCUCCCACCCCUGCGCCGCCUUCGCCGGAGCCGCCCAGCCCCGGUCCGGGUGUGCCCCCGCCUUCGCCUUCGCCUCCCAGCCCUGCGCCUGGCACGCCGCCGCCUUCGCCGGAGCCGCCCAGCCCCGCGCCGGGUGUGCCCCCUCCGUCGCCUGCGCCUCCCAGCCCUGCGCCUGGCACGCCGCCUCCUUCGCCGGAGCCGCCCAGCCCCGCGCCGGGUGUGCCCCCGCCGUCGCCUGCGCCUCCCAGCCCUGCGCCUGGUACGCCGCCACCUUCGCCGGAGCCGCCUAGCCCCGCGCCGGGUGUGCCCCCGCCGUCGCCUGCGCCUCCCAGCCCUGCGCCUGGUACGCCGCCGCCUUCGCCGGAGCCGCCUAGCCCCGCGCCGGGUGUGCCCCCGCCGUCGCCUGCGCCUCCCAGCCCUGCGCCUGGUACUCCGCCGCCUUCGCCGGAGCCGCCUAGCCCCGCGCCGGGUGUGCCCCCGCCGUCGCCUGCGCCUCCCAGCCCUGCCCCUGCGCCUGGCACGCCGCCUCCUUCGCCGGAGCCGCCCAGCCCCGGACCUGGUGUGCCCCCGCCGUCGCCUGCGCCUCCCAGCCCUGCGCCUGGUACUCCGCCGCCUUCGCCGGAGCCGCCUAGCCCCGCGCCGGGUGUGCCCCCGCCGUCGCCUGCGCCUCCCAGCCCUGCGCCUGGCACGCCGCCGCCUUCGCCGGAGCCGCCCAGCCCCGCGCCGGGUGUGCCCCCGCCGUCGCCUGCGCCUCCCAGCCCUGCGCCUGGCACGCCGCCGCCUUCGCCGGAGCCGCCCAGCCCCGCGCCGGGUGUGCCCCCUCCGUCGCCUGCGCCUCCCAGCCCUGCGCCUGGCACGCCGCCGCCUUCGCCGGAGCCGCCCAGCCCCGCGCCGGGUGUGCCCCCUCCGUCGCCUGCGCCUCCCAGCCCUGCGCCUGGCACGCCGCCGCCUUCGCCAGAGCCGCCUAGCCCCGCGCCGGGUGUGCCCCCGCCGUCGCCUGCGCCUCCCAGCCCUGCGCCUGGCGCGCCGCCGCCUUCGCCGGAGCCGCCCAGCCCCGCGCCGGGUGUGCCCCCGCCGUCGCCUGCGCCUCCCAGCCCUGCGCCUGGCACGCCGCCUCCUUCUCCGCAGCCGCCCAGCCCCGCGCCGGGUGUGCCCCCGCCGUCGCCUGCGCCUCCCAGCCCUGCGCCUGGCACGCCGCCACCUUCGCCGGAGCCGCCCAGCCCCGGACCUGGUGUGCCCCCGCCGUCGCCUGCGCCUCCCAGCCCUGCGCCUGGUACUCCGCCACCUUCGCCGGAGCCGCCUAGCCCCGCGCCGGGUGUGCCCCCGCCGUCGCCUGCGCCUCCCAGCCCUGCGCCUGGUACUCCGCCGCCUUCGCCGGAGCCGCCUAGCCCCGCGCCGGGUGUGCCCCCGCCGUCGCCUGCGCCUCCCAGCCCUGCGCCUGGUACUCCGCCGCCUUCGCCGGAGCCGCCUAGCCCCGCGCCGGGUGUGCCCCCGCCGUCGCCUGCGCCUCCCAGCCCUGCGCCUGGUACGCCGCCACCUUCGCCGCAGCCGCCCAGCCCCGCGCCGGGUGUGCCCCCGCCGUCGCCUGCGCCUCCCAGCCCUGCGCCUGGUACGCCGCCACCUUCGCCGGAGCCGCCUAGCCCCGCGCCGGGUGUGCCCCCUCCGUCGCCUGCGCCUCCUAGCCCUGCGCCUGGCACGCCGCCGCCUUCGCCGGAGCCGCCCAGCCCUGCGCCGGGUGUGCCCCCGCCGUCGCCUGCGCCUCCCAGCCCUGCGCCUGGUACUCCGCCACCUUCGCCGGAGCCGCCCAGCCCCGCGCCGGGUGUGCCCCCGCCGUCGCCUGCGCCUCCCAGCCCUGCGCCUGGCACGCCGCCGCCUUCGCCGGAGCCGCCCAGCCCCGCGCCGGGUGUGCCCCCGCCGUCGCCUGCGCCUCCCAGCCCUGCGCCUGGCACGCCGCCGCCUUCGCCGGAGCCGCCUAGCCCCGCGCCGGGUGUGCCCCCUCCGUCGCCUGCGCCUCCCAGCCCUGCGCCUGGCACGCCGCCGCCUUCGCCGGAGCCGCCCAGCCCUGCGCCGGGUGUGCCCCCGCCGUCGCCUGCGCCUCCCAGCCCUGCGCCUGGCACGCCGCCGCCUUCGCCGGAGCCGCCCAGCCCCGCGCCGGGUGUGCCCCCGCCGUCGCCUGCGCCUCCCAGCCCUGCGCCUCCCAGCCCUGCGCCGCCUUCGCCAGAGCCGCCUAGCCCCGCGCCGGGUGUGCCCCCGCCGUCGCCUGCGCCUCCCAGCCCUGCGCCUGGCACGCCGCCUCCUUCGCCGGAGCCGCCCAGCCCUGCGCCGGGUGUGCCCCCGCCGUCGCCUGCGCCUCCUAGCCCUGCGCCUGGCGCGCCGCCGCCUUCGCCGGAGCCGCCCAGCCCCGCGCCGGGUGUGCCCCCUCCGUCGCCUGCGCCUCCCAGCCCUGCGCCUGGCACGCCGCCUCCUUCGCCGGAGCCGCCCAGCCCCGGACCUGGUGUGCCCCCGCCGUCGCCUGCGCCUCCCAGCCCUGCGCCUGGUACUCCGCCGCCUUCGCCGGAGCCGCCUAGCCCCGCGCCGGGUGUGCCCCCGCCGUCGCCUGCGCCUCCCAGCCCUGCGCCUGGCACGCCGCCGCCUUCGCCGGAGCCGCCCAGCCCCGCGCCGGGUGUGCCCCCGCCGUCGCCUGCGCCUCCCAGCCCUGCGCCUGGCACGCCGCCGCCUUCGCCGGAGCCGCCCAGCCCCGCGCCGGGUGUGCCCCCUCCGUCGCCUGCGCCUCCCAGCCCUGCGCCUGGCACGCCGCCGCCUUCGCCAGAGCCGCCUAGCCCCGGACCUGGUGUGCCCCCGCCGUCGCCUGCGCCUCCCAGCCCUGCGCCUGGCACGCCGCCGCCUUCGCCGGAGCCGCCCAGCCCCGCGCCGGGUGUGCCCCCGCCGUCGCCUGCGCCUCCUAGCCCUGCGCCUGGCGCGCCGCCGCCUUCGCCGGAGCCGCCCAGCCCCGCGCCGGGUGUGCCCCCUCCGUCGCCUGCGCCUCCCAGCCCUGCGCCUGGCACGCCGCCUCCUUCGCCAGAGCCGCCCAGCCCUGCGCCGGGUGUGCCCCCGCCGUCGCCUGCGCCUCCUAGCCCUGCGCCUGGCGCGCCGCCGCCUUCGCCGGAGCCGCCCAGCCCCGCGCCGGGUGUGCCCCCUCCGUCGCCUGCGCCUCCCAGCCCUGCGCCUGGCACGCCGCCUCCUUCGCCGGAGCCGCCCAGCCCCGCGCCGGGUGUGCCCCCGCCGUCGCCUGCGCCUCCCAGCCCUGCGCCUCCCAGCCCUGCGCCGCCUUCGCCAGAGCCGCCUAGCCCCGCGCCGGGUGUGCCCCCGCCGUCGCCUGCGCCUCCCAGCCCUGCGCCUGGCACGCCGCCGCCUUCGCCGGAGCCGCCCAGCCCCGGUCCGGGUGUGCCCCCGCCGUCGCCUGCGCCUCCCAGCCCUGCGCCUGGCACGCCGCCGCCUUCGCCGGAGCCGCCCAGCCCCGCGCCGGGUGUGCCCCCUCCGUCGCCUGCGCCUCCCAGCCCUGCGCCUGGCACGCCGCCGCCUUCGCCGGAGCCGCCCAGCCCCGCGCCGGGUGUGCCCCCUCCGUCGCCUGCGCCUCCCAGCCCUGCGCCUGGCACGCCGCCGCCUUCGCCGGAGCCGCCCAGCCCCGGACCUGGUGUGCCCCCGCCGUCGCCUGCGCCUCCCAGCCCUGCGCCUCCCAGCCCUGCGCCGCCUUCGCCAGAGCCGCCUAGCCCCGCGCCGGGUGUGCCCCCGCCGUCGCCUGCGCCUCCCAGCCCUGCGCCUGGCACGCCACCGCCUUCGCCGGAGCCGCCCAGCCCUGCGCCGGGUGUGCCCCCGCCGUCGCCUGCGCCUCCCAGCCCUGCGCCUCCCAGCCCUGCGCCGCCUUCGCCGGAGCCGCCCAGCCCCGCGCCGGGUGUGCCCCCGCCGUCGCCUGCGCCUCCCAGCCCCGCGCCUGGCACGCCGCCACCUUCGCCGGAGCCGCCCAGCCCCGGUCCGGGUGUGCCCCCGCCGUCGCCUGCGCCUCCCAGCCCUGCGCCUGGUACGCCGCCGCCUUCGCCAGAGCCGCCUAGCCCCGCGCCGGGUGUGCCCCCGCCGUCGCCUGCGCCUCCCAGCCCUGCGCCUGGCACGCCACCGCCUUCGCCGGAGCCGCCCAGCCCCGCGCCGGGUGUGCCCCCGCCGUCGCCUGCGCCUCCCAGCCCUGCGCCUGGCACGCCGCCGCCUUCGCCGGAGCCGCCCAGCCCCGCGCCGGGUGUGCCCCCGCCGUCGCCUGCGCCUCCCAGCCCUGCGCCUGGCACGCCGCCGCCUUCGCCGGAGCCGCCCAGCCCCGCGCCGGGUGUGCCCCCGCCGUCGCCUGCGCCUCCCAGCCCUGCGCCUGGCACGCCGCCGCCUUCGCCGGAGCCGCCCAGCCCCGGACCGGGUGUGCCCCCGCCGUCGCCUGCGCCUCCCAGCCCUGCGCCUGGCACGCCGCCUCCUUCGCCGGAGCCGCCCAGCCCCGCGCCGGGCGUGCCCCCGCCGUCGCCUGCGCCUCCCAGCCCCGCGCCUGGUGCGCCGCCACCUUCGCCGGAGCCGCCCAGCCCCGGUCCGGGCGUGCCCCCGCCGUCGCCUGCGCCUCCCAGCCCUGCGCCUGGUACUCCGCCGCCUUCGCCGGAGCCGCCCAGCCCCGCACCGGGUGUGCCCCCGCCGUCGCCUGCGCCUCCCAGCCCUGCGCCUCCCAGCCCUGCGCCGCCUUCGCCAGAGCCGCCUAGCCCCGCGCCGGGUGUGCCCCCGCCGUCGCCUGCGCCUCCCAGCCCUGCGCCUGGCACGCCACCGCCUUCGCCGGAGCCGCCCAGCCCCGCGCCGGGUGUGCCCCCGCCGUCGCCUGCACCUCCCAGCCCUGCGCCUGGCACGCCGCCGCCUUCGCCGGAGCCGCCCAGCCCCGCGCCGGGUGUGCCCCCGCCGUCGCCUGCGCCUCCCAGCCCUGCGCCUGGCACGCCGCCGCCUUCGCCGGAGCCGCCCAGCCCCGGUCCGGGUGUGCCCCCGCCGUCGCCUGCGCCUCCCAGCCCUGCGCCUGGCACGCCGCCACCUUCGCCGGAGCCGCCCAGCCCCGCGCCGGGUGUGCCCCCGCCGUCGCCUGCGCCUCCCAGCCCUGCGCCUGGCACGCCGCCGCCUUCGCCGGAGCCGCCCAGCCCCGCGCCGGGUGUGCCCCCGCCGUCGCCCUGCGCCUCCCAGCCCUGCGCCUGGCACGCCGCCGCCUUCGCCGGAGCCGCCCAGCCCCGCGCCGGCCCUGCGCCUGGCACGCCGCCGCCUUCGCCGGAGCCGCCCAGCCCCGGUCCGGGCGUGCCCCCGCCGUCGCCUGCGCCUCCCAGCCCUGCGCCUGGCACGCCGCCGCCUUCGCCGGAGCCGCCCAGCCCCGCGCCGGGCGUGCCCCCGCCGUCGCCUGCGCCUCCCAGCCCUGCGCCUGGCACGCCGCCGCCUUCGCCGGAGCCGCCCAGCCCCGCGCCGGGUGUGCCCCCGCCGUCGCCUGCGCCUCCCAGCCCUGCGCCUGGCACGCCGCCACCUUCGCCGGAGCCGCCCAGCCCCGCGCCGGGUGUGCCCCCGCCGUCGCCUGCGCCUCCCAGCCCUGCGCCUGGCACGCCGCCGCCUUCGCCGGAGCCGCCCAGCCCCGGUCCGGGUGUACCCCCGCCGUCGCCUGCGCCUCCCAGCCCUGCGCCUGGCACGCCGCCACCUUCGCCGGAGCCGCCCAGCCCCGCGCCGGGUGUGCCCCCGCCGUCGCCUGCGCCUCCCAGCCCUGCGCCUGGCACGCCGCCGCCUUCGCCGGAGCCGCCCAGCCCCGCGCCGGGUGUGCCCCCGCCUUCGCCUUCGCCUCCCAGCCCUGCGCCUGGCACGCCGCCGCCUUCGCCGGAGCCGCCCAGCCCUGCGCCUCCCAGCCCUGCGCCGCCUUCGCCGGAGCCGCCCAGCCCCGCGCCGGGUGUGCCCCCGCCGUCGCCUGCGCCUCCCAGCCCCGCGCCUGGCACGCCGCCACCUUCGCCGGAGCCGCCCAGCCCCGGUCCGGGUGUGCCCCCGCCGUCGCCUGCGCCUCCCAGCCCUGCGCCUGGUACGCCGCCGCCUUCGCCAGAGCCGCCUAGCCCCGCGCCGGGUGUGCCCCCGCCGUCGCCUGCGCCUCCCAGCCCUGCGCCUGGCACGCCACCGCCUUCGCCGGAGCCGCCCAGCCCCGCGCCGGGUGUGCCCCCGCCGUCGCCUGCGCCUCCCAGCCCUGCGCCUGGCACGCCGCCGCCUUCGCCGGAGCCGCCCAGCCCCGCGCCGGGUGUGCCCCCGCCGUCGCCUGCGCCUCCCAGCCCUGCGCCUGGCACGCCGCCGCCUUCGCCGGAGCCGCCCAGCCCCGCGCCGGGUGUGCCCCCGCCGUCGCCUGCGCCUCCCAGCCCUGCGCCUGGCACGCCGCCGCCUUCGCCGGAGCCGCCCAGCCCCGGACCGGGUGUGCCCCCGCCGUCGCCUGCGCCUCCCAGCCCUGCGCCUGGCACGCCGCCUCCUUCGCCGGAGCCGCCCAGCCCCGCGCCGGGCGUGCCCCCGCCGUCGCCUGCGCCUCCCAGCCCUGCGCCUGGCACGCCGCCGCCUUCGCCGGAGCCGCCCAGCCCCGGUCCGGGUGUACCCCCGCCGUCGCCUGCGCCUCCCAGCCCUGCGCCUGGUACUCCGCCGCCUUCGCCGGAGCCGCCCAGCCCCACGCCGGGUGUGCCCCCGCCGUCGCCUGCGCCUCCCAGCCCUGCGCCUGGCACGCCGCCUCCUUCGCCGGAGCCGCCUAGCCCCGGUCCGGGUGUGCCCCCGCCGUCGCCUGCGCCUCCCAGCCCUGCGCCUGGCACGCCGCCGCCUUCGCCGGAGCCGCCUAGCCCCGCGCCGGGUGUGCCCCCGCCGUCGCCUGCGCCUCCCAGCCCUGCGCCUGGCACGCCGCCGCCUUCGCCGGAGCCGCCCAGCCCAGCGCCGGGUGUGCCCCCGCCGUCGCCUGCGCCUCCCAGCCCUGCGCCUGACACGCCGCCGCCUUCGCCGGAGCCGCCCAGCCCCGCGCCGGGUGUGCCCCCGCCGUCGCCUGCGCCUCCCAGCCCUGCGCCUGGCACGCCGCCGCCUUCGCCGGAGCCGCCCAGCCCCGCGCCGGGCGUGCCCCCGCCGUCGCCUGCGCCUCCCAGCCCUGCGCCUGGCACGCCGCCGCCUUCGCCGGAGCCGCCCAGCCCCGCGCCGGGUGUGCCCCCGCCGUCGCCUGCGCCUCCCAGCCCUGCGCCUGGCACGCCGCCUCCUUCGCCGGAGCCGCCCAGCCCACCAACUCCACCGCCACCAGUACCGCUUUGCAGAGGAUGUAUCACCUACCAACUAAUUCCUCCAAUAUUCCCUGUUGGCCCGGUCAUUUCCAUCAACUCCUCUACCUGUCUGGACCUCGUUGACAUCGUUAAUAUGGAUGUGGAGCAACUGGCCCUAGAUGGUGGUGCAACGGUUUUCAUACCGUUUUCCACGACUUCAUGCGAUGACGACAAGGUCACUGUAUGUGGCGCGUUCGGACCUGGCGUAGAUCUUGACCUCAGCGUUCAACUGGAAUUCUGGUUGCAAGAUGUCAUCCUGGCUGGGCGUGCAUGCGAUGGAUACAGUGUUCAGGGAAGCACAGACACACUUGCAACGUCAGACCGUUUAUCGUGCCUGUCUGGGCAGGCACAGAAGUCAUGUGCUAUCUCUGACCCUCCAUCACCUGAACCUCCAAGCCCCGAGCCGCCAUCGCCCCCUCCGCCUCCACCCGACGCGCCUCCGCCAAGCCCCGAGCCGCCGUCGCCUCCUCCUCCGCCUCCACCUGACGCGCCUCCGCCGAGCCCUGUGCCGCCAUCGCCUCCUCCUCCGCCUCCGCCGGACGCACCUCCGCCAAGCCCCGAGCCGCCUUCGCCUCCCCCUCCACCUCCGCCGGACGCGCCUCCGCCAAGCCCUGUGCCGCCGUCGCCUCCUCCUCCACCUCCACCCGACGCGCCUCCGCCGAGCCCCGAGCCGCCAUCGCCUCCUCCUCCGCCUCCGCCGGACGCACCUCCGCCAAGCCCCGAGCCGCCUUCGCCUCCUCCUCCACCUCCGCCGGACGCGCCUCCGCCGAGCCCCGAGCCGCCUUCACCUCCUCCUCCGCCUCCGCCCGACGCACCUCCGCCAAGCCCCGAGCCGCCUUCGCCUCCUCCCCCGCCUCCACCCGACGCGCCUCCGCCGAGCCCCGAGCCGCCUUCGCCUCCUCCUCCACCUCCACCCGACGCGCCUCCGCCGAGCCCUGUGCCGCCGUCGCCUCCUCCUCCGCCUCCUCCGGACGCACCUCCGCCGAGCCCUGAGCCGCCAUCGCCUCCUCCUCCGCCUCCGCCCGACGCACCUCCGCCAAGCCCUGAGCCGCCUUCGCCUCCUCCCCCGCCUCCGCCCGACGCGCCUCCGCCGAGCCCCGAGCCGCCGUCGCCUCCUCCUCCACCUCCACCCGACGCGCCUCCACCGAGCCCUAUGCCGCCGUCGCCUCCUCCUCCGCCUCCUCCGGACGCGCCUCCGCCGAGCCCUGUGCCGCCGUCGCCUCCUCCUCCGCCUCCGCCCGACGCGCCUCCACCAAGCCCCGAGCCGCCGUCGCCUCCUCCUCCGCCUCCGCCGGACGCACCUCCGCCAAGCCCCGAGCCGCCAUCGCCUCCUCCGCCUCCACCAGACGCGUCUCCGCCGAGCCCCGUGCCGCCGUCGCCUCCUCCUCCGCCUCCACCCGACGCGCCUCCGCCGAGCCCCGUGCCGCCUUCGCCUCCUCCUCCACCUCCACCCGACGCGCCUCCGCCAAGCCCCGAGCCGCCGUCGCCUCCUCCUCCACCUCCACCCGGCGCGCCUCCACCGAGCCCUAUGCCGCCUUCACCGCCUCCUCCGCCUCCGCCGGACGCGCCUCCGCCGAGCCCUGUGCCGCCGUCGCCUCCUCCUCCACCUCCACCCGACGCGCCUCCGCCGAGCCCUGUGCCGCCGUCGCCGCCUCCUCCACCUCCACCCGACGCGCCUCCGCCGAGCCCUGAGCCGCCGUCGCCUCCUCCUCCGCCUCCACCGGACGCGCUUCCGCCGAGCCCUGUGCCGCCGUCGCCUCCUCCUCCACCUCCACCCGACGCGCCUCCGCCGAGCCCUGUGCCGCCGUCGCCGCCUCCUCCACCUCCACCCGACGCGCCUCCGCCGAGCCCUGAGCCGCCGUCGCCUCCUCCUCCGCCUCCACCGGACGCGCUUCCGCCGAGCCCUGUGCCGCCAUCGCCUCCUCCUCCGCCUCCUCCGGACGCGCCUCCGCCGAGCCCUGUGCCGCCGUCGCCUCCUCCUCCGCCUCCGCCGGACGCGCCUCCGCCGAGCCCUGAGCCGCCGUCGCCUCCUCCUCCACCUCCUCCGGACGCGCCUCCGCCGAGCCCUGUGCCGCCGUCGCCUCCUCCUCCACCUCCACCCGACGCGCCUCCGCCGAGCCCUGUGCCGCCGUCGCCGCCUCCUCCACCUCCACCCGACGCGCCUCCGCCGAGCCCUGAGCCGCCGUCGCCUCCUCCUCCGCCUCCACCGGACGCGCUUCCGCCGAGCCCUGUGCCGCCAUCGCCUCCUCCUCCGCCUCCUCCGGACGCGCCUCCGCCGAGCCCUGUGCCGCCGUCGCCUCCUCCUCCACCUCCACCCGACGCGCCUCCGCCGAGCCCCGUGCCGCCGUCCCCCCCUCCUCCCUCGCCUCCUCCUCCACCGCCCCCGCCGCCGGAUGGCCCCAUACCACCUCCUCCUUCACCUCCGCCUCCGCCUCCGCCGCCUGGAAUGCCGCCGCCGAGUCCGGAACCACCUUCGCCUUCUCCUCCCUCGCGUCCUCCGCCUUCACCUUCUCCCCCAUUGCCGCCUCCGCCUUCACCUCCUCCUCCGCCUCCUCCCGAUGGCCCCUCAUUCCCUCCACCGUCACCGCCUCCACCCGACACGCCUCCCCCCUUUCCUCCUCCGCCGUCCCCGCCUCCGCCGCCACCUCCCAACCUUCCGCCUCCGAGUCCGCCCCCACCUUCACCGCCCCCGCCUCCGCCUCCGGACGGACCGAUCCCUCCACCGCCAUCUCCUCCACCUCCACCUCCACCCGGCGCGCCCCCUCCCCCUCCUCCUGGAUUGCCUUCUCCACCACCUCCAGGCACCCCGCUUCCUCCUUCGCCCGACCCUCCUCCACCCCCUCCACCAGCAGUUUUCUUCGGCAGCCCUCCGCCUCCGCCCCCUCCUCCGCCACCUGACAGCUCCCCACCACCGCCGCCGCCCCCACCGCCCGACCUACCACCUCCACCACCACCGGAUGCUCCUUCUCCUCCACCUUCGCCACCGCCCAGCCCGCCACCACCCAGCCCGCCGCCCCCGGAUGCGCCCUUGCCGCCCCCUCCACCGUCACCCCGCCCUCCAGCCCAGGCAGGAGAGCGUGCGCCUCCCCUCCCGCCACUCCCAGCCAUCCCGGCUGUCCCCGCUGCGCCUCCGCCGCCGCCCUCUGAGUGCUACAACCAGGGCGACACCACGCGCCUUGACACGCCGCCACCGCGAGCAUGUGGAGACCAGGCCACGUGUGUGGACGCAACUUUGGAUGCCAAGAAGUGUGUGUACCGUGUUGCGGGCGGGCGGCGCUACCUAUACUGCCAGUCCUGCUUGGAGUGGCCACGCGAGGGCAGCUCCUGUGCCCUCCUGCGAGCAUCACCGCCACCUCCUGCUACACGGGGCCGCACGGGUGCGGGAGCAACAACAGCUGCCACUUCUACGGGAGUGGACACUAUUUGCGCCUCGGACCGCCUGGGGACUGCAAUCGAGGGCGCGGGUGGUGUGCCGGUGCCUGGUGGCAUCAACCAGGUGUCACCAUGGCUGCCCGGCGGCAACUCGACCAAGUACUGCCAGUGGGUGCGAUGGGCUGACGGAGACUUCACAACACAGCCGGUUCUCUUCUCCGUGCGGAGUGGAGACAAGACCUGUGUUGCAGGAUCCUCCGGGGCGGAGAUCAUGGUAACGCUCCGCGGCCUCUCAGCUACCUGUACCGGCCCGCGCUUCUCCCCGUCGGGCACAGUUGCUGGCUGCGCGUCCAACGACGGCACUGUUUACAACGAGUGCCUGUGGACCGUCAUGGUGCCACGGCCCGACGGCCCAGAGUGGAACGGCCCGACGGACUGCAUUCCACCCGAAGAGCCCACACUGCCACCUCCGCCGAAACGCCCUGGAGCACCGAACCUGCGCCGCAACCCGCCUCUGCCGCCGUUCCCUGCCACGCCGUCUGCUGACCCAACUUGCAAGCACACCGGCCCCAACACUCAGCUUCCCGGCAACUCGGGCCUCAGCUGCAAUUCACAAGGUGCCUGCAUCGACCUCGACUAUGACUCCUCCGAGUGCUACUGGCGCAGCGGCUUCCUGUACUGCCAGGCCUGUCUGGUGUGGCCGCGCGCCGGGUCCUCCUGUGCCCUUAACGCCGCCAGCCCGAUUGAUUACGUGUGCGCUGGUGACGAGCUGUCGAGUGUGCUGACGCCAGACGGCUCCUCCACAAGCGGUGGGACAUCCCUGCUACAGCCGUGGCAGCCACAGAGCCGCUACUGCCAGCUGAUUCGGUGGGCAGCGGACGAUAUGGAGCCAACCGAGGUUCUGUUCUCGAUCAAGAGCGGCAGCGCCCGCUGCACACGCCGCACGAACGUCACCAUGACGCUCGAGGGACUGGACGCGGUGUGCGCCGCACCACGUGACAACGCCUCGGGCGGUGCUGCCGGAUGCCAGGGCAACGACAACGUGGACAAUGAGUGCUUGUGGAGCAUGCGCCUGCCGCGCCCUGGCGCACAGGGCUGGAAUGGCAAGAACUGCCUGCCUGCCCCGCCGCUGGCUUCCCCGCCGCCACCCCGUGUGCGCCGGCCUGCCACCCCCGGCAUACGCGCUCCGUCGGUACCACCGCCUGCACCCUCCGAGCCGUUGACGCCUGCCAAGGGCCGGCCUCCGCCCCCCAAGCGCCGGACGCCAGCGGCCCCCGGCAAGCGUGCACCUAACGCACCCCCAACUCCGCAGCCACCGAUCGAGGGCUUUUACGGCUUCCCUUUCUGCGCCUGCAAGAGGCGCACCCUCAAGCCCACGCCGUAUCGGCUUGUGUACGACAGCAGCACACCGCUGCCCGCCCUGGCUGAUGGCAAGGACCGGGUGCGCCACUGCUUCCACAUCCAGGUGGUCGGCUGCGACUCAAAGUCGCAGUGCUGCGGCAUGGGCAUCAAGAAGGUUGAGCUGUCUGUGGAGAAUGAGUGCCGCACCUCUGUCAAGCUGGCGCUGCUAGCGGGCCGCAGUUACCCGUGGUCCUUUACGCAAAAUGACUACAAUGGCGAGACCUACACAACGUUCAAGCUGACAAGCCUGGGCCUGGAGAAGCCGGACGUGCCGGACGGCAUGCCCCUGUGCAUCAUCCUCACCGAGCCCUGCUCCUCCCUGGCCGACUUCUGCUACGGAGGCGGCGACUGGUGCCGCUUCACGUUCUUCUCCACGGACGAAAACUGCUGCCCGACUGGGGACCUGCUGGCGUCGUCCGACCCCACGCAGGUCGAGGUGGUGGACACUGCGGGAGGCGACGUUGAGGUGGUGGAGCUGAGGCGGCGAGGGCUGCUGUCAGGGGAUGCUGCGUAGCCCCCACAUGCCCUUUAGAUGCUCUCACACUGUGACAGUUAGAUUUAGAAAGACCGUUCGUGGUCAAUUUAGUCAGGGUGCCCCCGUGAAAUAGCCGGCGUCCCUCUUUGUAUGCGGGCUUUGCAGCCAUGCUGUUGCAUUCCCGCUUUAUUAGCAGCGGCUUGCCAUAUGAAAUCGUCGUAGGAGUUGAAGGAGAGUUCUGACGCAUAGAAGUGUUUCUGUGUGUGUAUGUGUAUGUGUGUGUUGCAUGGAUGGGAGGCAUGCCUCCAUACAUGUCCAAUGUGUUCCUGUCUACCGUAUUCAAUCCUGUGACACCAGCGUGCCGCAGGAUGAGGCUUGGUGUGCGCUGCUAGGUUGAGGGAGUAUCGUUGUUUGUUUUUGCACUCUCAACAAGCACUCGCAUUAUAUUAACGAAAGGUUAGUGCUCAGACUUGGGUACACUGCACACCUCUGGAGAGUAAGGGCCACCGCAAUAUCCCUCACAGCAGAGCACCCUGCGCAUACUUCCAUUCCGUGCACGCUUCAUCAAAUAGCGAUUUGCGUGAGACGAGUUGCCCCCAGGGGCCCCUGAAGUUGAACUUAAUCCAGAAUGAUGCGUGAAAAUGAUAGAGAUUUGUUUCAGCCCAUUUCGUGGUGCUGCGAUCUUGAAGGAUCUUAUACCGUGUAAUACAGGUGUUGAUCUGCUUGUGUGUAGGUGUGCAUGUGUGUGUGUGUGUGUCAUGCCCGGAGCAAGUACGCUUAACAGUGUGGUGUGAUGUGGCUUCUGUUUAUAGGACAGGCUUGAAGCGUGAGGAAGUCACGACCUCAAGUUGCCAUGCGCUCGUCCCUGUAAGCAGCAUGCCCC